GCUAUCUGAUAACUUCUAUGUGAAUAGAGGAUGCAUUGUGCCCCAUCAACUGCUCUAUGAUCUGUACCAUGAAACCUGCAAUCCAGACUGCAAGGUUCAAGUACAUCCAUCCACCUUUGGAAAGCUUAUUCGAUUAGUUUUCCCAGAUCUGGAGUCAAGAAGAAAGAUCAUAUUGGGGACUGUGAGCUAUCAUUAUGAUGGAAUAGCUAUCAAGACAGAGUCUCCCUUUUAUGCACGUUUUUGCUGUCUUCUGUAUGAACAUCCCAGCAGAAAUGCCAGCAGUUCUGAAAACACAGUUGUUUACAAGAAGAGUAAGAAAGAAAAAGAAACAAAUAAGAAUUUGAAGCAUUAUACAUCUGAUGUGUAUCUGAAUACUGAGCAAGAGACACCUCAACACCUUCCUGAAUUCAACUGGUUCCUCCCUAGAGAGCAAGUGCAAAGGGAGACAGACCCCUAUGAAUUGAUCGCACAGUUUGCCAAUGACUACUUCACCUAUUGUCAAGUUAUUUUACAAUUGCUGAGAGAGCAGAAACUUGACAAGGUGGAAGACUAUAUCAUGUCAUUCUGGAGGUCUCUGGAGCCUGAAAAAAUGACACUGAUGCGCAUACCAGAUGUGUGCAAGCUGUUAAAAAGCUAUGAUAAUUAUCUAUUCAAGGAAAUGGAGACCAUCCUGCUCCCUGAUUUCCUGGCAGAGCUUCCUGCACAAUACCUCCACACAAUCAAGUUGUUCAGUGAAAAUGUUACAGCUUGGAUGCUCAGUCCUUUGGGAGGAUUUCCAUUAAAGCUCCAAAAUUCCAGAUCUGGUGAAGUUACACGGUUUGCAAAAAGACUCAGGAGACAGAUAGACCUUUGUGUCCUGGUCAAGGCAGUGAGAAUACACUUGCAGGAUGACAGCACAGUCACUGUUCUGCAGUCAGGUCUGCAAGCUGUCCUAAACGAGAUAAUAUCUCUGGAUGUGGCUACAAACAUCUACCAAAAGAAGCUGAGGAAACCAAAGAAGGAGCAGAAGACCAUACAAGCCAAAUGUUUGGAAACUUUAAUUUCGUCACUGACACAUUCCACAGAUAUCUGGAAUCUCCUGAACAAGUUCUCCUCAGAUCUUCAGACUUUAAUCAUUAAGCCAAACAAGAGUCUAACGGUGUUUAAAAAUCAGGCAGCAGAGUUCAUGUUGCACUGGAACGUCCUACUGCGCACUGUAGGCAAAAUUCUGAGCACCGACAUGACAGACAGUUUUGGAUCAUGGCUUUUGUUGAAUACGCUACUCAUCGAUUUUGCAGCUCAUGUUCUCCAGUCCCAUAUAGAAAAGCAGAAGGAAGAUGAAAGUCCCUUGAUCCCAAGGAAAGAUGAGGCCCCUCUUGUGAGUACUUAUGAGCCCAGUCAGGUCUCAGCCUGUUUUGCAGAGGAGGAACCUCAGGCCAGUGCUCCACAGGCAGCUCUCAUGAUGCAGUACGAAAAUAACUUCGGAUCAAGCUUUGUUUUCCAGAGUCCCGAGUUGUCUGGUGAACUCAGCCACUAUCAACAAGGUGAAAUUAGCAUUAACUUCAGAGAAUAUGAUGGGGAAAAAAGUUAUAAAUUCGGCAAAUUAGGAGAGAUUGGGAGGGGGGUG